GGAGCUGGGAAGAGAGUCAAGAUGGCGGCGAAAUCCGAUGGCGGUGGCGUGGGGGUGGGCUUCGCCCAGCUGCACAACCUGGACGAGGCGGUGGGCAGCGGCGAGGAGGACGGGGAGCCCGGGGGAGGCGGCUGCGGCGGCGGCGACGGCAGCGAGCCCGGCGAGAGCAGCUCGCUGCACAUCUGCCACUGCUGCAACACCUCCUCGUGCUACUGGGGCUGCCGCUCCGCCUGCCUGCGCUCGCUGCUGGGCAAGAAGCCGCGCCGCAGCGCCGCCGCCGCCGACGGGGGGGACCAGCCGCUGCAGCCGCCCGGGGCCGCCGGCCGCCACCCCCCGACGCCCUCGGCCGGCCGACCGCAGCCCGCGUCGCCGCAGGUGGAGCGGCCGUGGCUUGACUGCCUGUGGAUCGUGCUCGCGCUGCUGGUGUUCUUCGGGGACGUGGGUACCGACCUGUGGCUGGCCCUCGACUACUACCGCAAGGGGGACUACGGCUGCUUCGGGCUGACCCUGUUCUUCGUGCUGGUGCCGUCGCUGCUGGUGCAGAGCCUGAGCUUCCGCUGGUUCGUGCAGGACUACACGGGCGGCGGGCUCGGCGCCGUGGAGGGGCUCAGCAGCCGGGGACCCCCAAUGAUGGGGGCCGGCUACGGCCACGGCGCGGCCCGCGGCGGCUCGGGUGCGGGGGGCUCGGCCACCCCGGGGGCGCAGCGUCUGUGCCGCCUCUCCGUGUGGAUCUGGCAGUCGGUCAUCCACCUGCUGCAGAUGGGGCAGGUGUGGAGGUAUAUCCGCACCAUGUACCUGGGGAUUCAGAGCCAGCGGCAGAAGGAACACCAGCGGCGCUUCUACUGGGCUAUGAUGUACGAAUAUGCAGAUGUCAACAUGCUGCGCCUCCUGGAGACCUUUCUGGAGAGCGCCCCCCAACUGGUGCUACAGCUCUGCAUAAUGAUCCAGAAAAACAGUGCAGAGACGCUGCCCUGUGUCUCCUCUGUGACUUCCCUGAUGUCCCUGGCUUGGGUGCUAGCUUCCUAUCACAAGCUGCUGCGGGACUCCAGGGACGACAAGAAGAGCAUGAGUUACAGAGGGGCCCUCAUCCACCUCUUCUGGCGCCUCUUCACCAUCUCAUCCCGAGUUAUCUCUUUCGCCCUCUUUGCUUCCAUCUUCCAGCUGUAUUUCGGGAUCUUCGUGGUGGUGCACUGGUGCGCCAUGGCCUUCUGGAUCAUCCAUGGUGGGACAGACUUCUGCAUGUCCAAGUGGGAGGAGAUCCUCUUCAACAUGGUGGUAGGGAUCGUGUACAUUUUCUGCUGGUUUAACGUCAAGGAAGGGCGGACUCGAUACCGAAUGUUCGCAUACUAUACGAUAGUCUUGACCGAGAAUGCUGCCUUGACGUUCCUUUGGUAUUUUUACAGAAAUCCGGAGAGCACUGACUCCUAUGCCGUGCCAGCACUGUGUUGUGUCUUCGUUAGCUUUGUGGCUGGGAUUACGCUCAUGCUCUUAUACUAUGGCGUGUUGCAUCCCAUGGGGCCGCGGGCUAAGGUCUUUGCCAGCUCCUGUUGUGCCGAGCUGCUCUGGGGCAUCCCUUUGCCCCCUGAUGUUGAGCCUAUGGCACCUCAGACCCCUGGGUACCGGGGGACCCAGGUCACGCCCACCAGAGCCGUGACGGAACAGCAGGAGGACCUCACGGCUGAUACUUGCCUGCCCGUAUUCCAAGUGAGACCCAUGGGGCCCUCUACCCCGUCAGGGCGUCCUUACCACCCAGAAGGGCCCCUGAUUAAGAUUGACAUGCCAAGAAAGCGAUACCCGGCCUGGGAUGCGCACUUUGUAGACAGGAGGCUGCGGAGGACUAUUAACAUCCUGCAGUACGUCACCCCCACCGCAGUGGGCAUUCGCUACCGAGAUGGGCCUCUGCUCUAUGAGCUGUUGCAGUAUGAGUCUUCACUCUAGAACACCUUGACCCAGAUUGAGAAGGGGACCUUAAAUUUGGUUGCGGUCAACGCCGCCUGCAAGAAAUAUAACCCUCCCUUCCCCCAAUACACAGACCCACCACCACCACCGCCACACCAACAACACCAACACUACAAAAAAAGACCAAUAAGUCACAUCCCCUUCAGAUAAGCUUUCUUUCCAGUCACUAUAUGUAUACAAAGAUAUUCUCUAUGUUUUGUAAGUAAAAACAGAAAGAAAACCUUUCUUUUGUUUUUUACACAUAAGAAACAGUAUUGAAAAAAAAUUAAAUAAUCCCACAUUGCAGUUCCUAGAAUGGAGAAGGAAGAGCUAAUCUCCUCUCCAAAACAAACAAACAAACAAACAAACAAACAAACAAAAGUUUUAUACUUUACACCAAGUGUAGAUCAUUUAUGGGAUUGGUGCUGAUUGAGAGAACAAAGCAAAGCAAAACAAAACAAACGAAAACCUUCAACUGCCUUAUGCCCUUAGGUGCUGAGUUUCUUUAGGUACUGUCAUGUUUCCUCACAGAAAACUCUCCGGUGACUUUUGUACCAGGAGAGGAAAAAAAAAUUAAAUAAUCAAAUGAAACAAAAUCUACCAACAAAGCAAAUAAACGCGAACAGCAAACAGAUACUACACCCAAACAAUCUUUCCUAUCAGAUGUUUGUAUCGAAAAACAAGCAAACGAGCAAACAAAACAAAUUGACCAAAAAACGAAGGCAUAGAAGCCCUCUCUCUAUUCUGUUUCUCCUGCCCCUUCCCCAUUUUUCAGAGCCUUCUAGAAGCUAAAGGGCUACUUGGAUCUCCACUGGCCGAAAAGCUCCUUGAAGGCUGACUAUGUGCCAUUUUAACAUUUGCCUAGCAACAGUUGCAUUAAUUUCCUGUGCAAAAAACCAAACCAAAACACAAAUGAGAUUGAAACUCCCAAACACCCAAUUUGAUAGAAUCUAAAAGCAGAUCAAAGGAGAUGUUCAUAAAUGCCAUCAAAGAGAAUCAGCAAUGAUCAGACUCAGCGUGGUAGCAAAA